AUACACUAGAAGUAUGGAAGGAAUACUAUAUGAAUCCUCUGUGUGAUUCGUGUUUUUACCGAUGAAAUGCCGGUUUUGGAUAAAUCAGCGUUCCGUUUGCUACUUACUUCUUUUUGAGCCAUUUCUCAUUUACAUGCAGCAGAGCAUUAUAGUAAACCCAGUCAGUUGUGCAAAGAAUCCCAUAUACUCUGAUUUACUGUCACUGGACCAUUUCUUUCCAUAUACAAGUGUUUUGAUUAAUUAGCGACUCAAUCAGAUGCACGCUGAUUGGAAAUGUCCGUGUUUUUGGGAUACUGUUCGUUUCUACUGGAUUAUGUUUGAGUAAAAUUACGACUUAACAAAUCAACCGGCUGAGACAAACGUACCAAACCAUGGAUUUCGUCAUUCUUAAGGUCAAUGGAAAAGACGUCUCCCAGGCGAGUCAUGAAGAUGUGGCCCAAGCGUUUUUACAAGCCGUGGAACCAAUCUCCAUUCAAGUACUCAGAAGAAAACGCUCAACAAAUCCAUCAUCCGUCAGUGAAGUAGCCAAACCGGUCAUAAAGGACUCUGUCGGAGCAUCACACCCGGCACCCGGGGAAGCCGAUAAGUCAUUAGCUGUACAAACAACCAGCAGCCGAUCCUGCAUCUGUCCCAGAUGUGGAUAUAAUAUUGAUGCCGGAGCGGCUGUUGUGGAGACUGGUGUUACGACGAAUCCACAGUCGGCGUCGGCUAUCGGCAGUCUGGAUUUGCAGCCGAAAGAGGAUUUGGAAGACGACGAUGAUGGACUGGCUGAUGAAGUGGAAUUUAAGGUAACGAUAAGGAAGUCGUCUGGUCAGACCAAUUUGGAUGUGAUGUGUCGAAAUAUCAACACAGAAGGUAGCCGCUAUCAGGCUGGUUUCGUGAUUGUUGAUCAGAUAAGGGAUGAACAGAUCAUCAAGGACGGACUGCUUUGCGAGGGUGACCGCAUUCUGCAGAUUAAUAAUCAGAGCAUCAGCGAUGCCGAUCAUGCAAUGCGGAUGUUUGCUGAUCCAUCUGUACGACAGUACAUUAUUCUAAUUACUCGCCCCAUCGAUGAUGAGCAAGAUGAUGGCGAUAGUGUGGAAGAGCUGAGAAUGUCCCUUUCCGAUGAAUUGCACGAAAACGCCGACGGAAGCGUGGACACGGAUAUUCUUGAUGGGAGCUUAACCAUUCAUGAAAAGGACAGCGGUUUAGCGGAAAGUUGUAAGAAUGAUGAUAGUUCUGAGAAUGACUUGAUGUCACCGCGCAGUUCCAAAUACAAUACAACCAGUUCCGGUGGAUGCUGUGACGAUGGUGAUAAUAUUAUGGAGAUUAAUGUCAAGGAAACCGGCAUACAAACCGACGCUAAUUUGUCAUUUCCCCAGCGCCAGUUUCAAAGCCAGAUAUCUCUGACGAAUAUUGAGAAUGAAUUGCUGGCCAUAACCAAACGAAUCGAAAUGGCACAGAUUAAUGCCGGCAAAAGCCCAAAAAAUACCGCAGAAGCUAAAGACCCCCCUACUCCGCCUCCGAAACCGCCCCGUCUGCCGCGAACAACGUCGCUCUCCCCACAGAAUGUGGAUACUGCUAAAGCCUUGGUGCCGCGGCGAAAGAAACGCUCGCGUAAACCUUCAGAGGAAGAGAAAAACCAGACUUAUAUUCCCGUUCGGCCGGGAGUGACCAGAUUGACCUCGCCCGAAUUUUGUGCGUUUUCAUUGAGUUCCAGUAUACCCAAACAAGAGAACAGCAUGCUCACAUCUGGUUUAAGAGGCAAAACGCACGAUAACAAUGAUCUAAAUACCGUAUUUGGUGCAAACAAUCUUGGAUCAGGGAAACUCAGCUCUUUUACCCCAAAAACUCAAGCCGCUCCAGUUUUGGCUCCAGCUCAGCAAGUUCCAGUAGGACGGAAUUCCUUCAGCUGGCUUAACCAUUCGCAACUUAGAACGGUGCGGGAGGAUGAAGAACUAUGCCCACAAAAACAGCAUAUUUACGAGCAAAUACUACCAAGCGCCAACUGCCCUUCUCUGCAAAGGUCAUCUGGAGUGAAAUCAUCAGCCAGCAGACGACCGGUGCGCAAUAAACUUUUACACGAACGAGCUCAGAGGAUUAACAAAGAACGCUGUGGAGUGACCACGGACGACGACGCGAAAAGCGAACUGAAACUUGGACGGUACUGGCCUAAAGAUGAUCGACGCCGGCAUCUCGAAAGUGCCGACACUAAACGGCGCCGCGAAAACGAAGUCUUUCGAUUCCAGCUGGCUGUGCCCAUGAAACCCAAGAUUGUUCUACUUAGCGAACAAAAGCAGCUGCGAAAGUUUGCUAAAAAGGGGGAUGGAUUCGAUCAUAAUGUUGGUACCAGCGAACCUGUCGGAAAUAAAAGUUGGCACAAUACUGCCCGCGCUGCUAAUGCUAAUAACGGUGUUUGCCAUUUGACCAACCAUGUUACGACCGUGUAACAUAUGGGAACAAUACGUCUUUUGGUUUGGUUUAAUUUUUGUACCUUUUUCAAAAUCCGAUUUUUAAAAUUCCUUUAUGCAAAUGAUUUGUUGCAAACGCUAACAUUGUGUGAUGUGUUUGUUACUUGGUUCUUCAGAGCUUCAGAUUUUGAAUUAUGAUGUACAUAAAUGUGAGCUAUUCAAUAUAUGGCGAGAAGCAAACUACAAUUAAA